CGUAGCAAUCCAGAUAGGAACAUCUUAAAAAUUGCAAGUGAUUAACACAAAUUUGAUUUGGAAUAAGAAAUCACCCCGACAUGCAUAGCAUUUCGCAGGGCCACGAGAGCAACGAGGCGAGGCAGCUGUUGCAGUGGAUCAAGGGACUGGUGAGCACGCCGCGCUGUCACAAGCUCAGGGAUCUCAGCAACGGUGUGGUCUGGUGUCGCCUGAUGGGCAAGCUGCGACCUGGAGCACUGGCCAGCAUCCUGAUCAUCAAUCGGCCUGCGAAUGCCAACGAUUCGAUGCACAACUAUAUGCUGCUGGAGUCGGCAUUUGCCAAGGCUAGGGUACCCUGGUACUUUGACCCCAUAGCUCUCAUUGAUGGCAACAGCGGCGAACUGUAUCGCCUGGCCAAGAGCUUUGCCGAAAUCAGCAUGACAAACGAUCCGUUUCCACUGCCGUUGUCGCCGUUCGGGGCCAACGGUGAGCACCGCCGUCUAGCCGGUGAAAACGAAACAUCGGAGUAUGUGACCAGCACACAGCCCUCAACAGAGGCAUCCGAGCUAGAUCUCAGCGAGCAAAGCCAAUCGGAGGAUGAGCAGACGUUGACUCCUUUGAGCAGUGAGGAGCGGCUUAAGCAGCAUCUCCAGGCCAUGUUCCGCAGCCAACAGGAGGCAGUGGAGGCCUAUUUCGCUGAACAAUGCCCAUCCGCCACAACCCUGCCCGCAACCGUCAAAAUAAUGUGCUGUUGCAAUAAAUGUCAGAGCCAAGUUCGGGCCUUAGUCGACAUGCCGUACUCAAUAUCAAAUAUCCAGUUCAAGAUCGAAAAUCGUCCACUUGUUUAAAUUGCGUACGCAUCAAAAUCAAAAUUCACAUACAACAAAAUUCAACUGAACUAGAGUCUCUUAGAAUCGGGUGAUUAUAUUCUAUAUUUGUGUCCGAUUCCAACAUCCAAACACUCAUAGCUAAUUACUUAAAUGAAUAUGAUGAAACUAUAUGGAAAAUAAAGCACAAUAAUA